AUUUUAGAUGCAGAAUCUGCCCGACCCGAACCCUGAGGCAUGGUCGCCGACUCGCUCACCGAGUCCACCCCUGUGAAUGGCGAUCCAACCCGCCUUGUACCCUCGCCAACGGAACGUUGAACCGUCCGAGGCCUAAACCUCGGAAAGAGGAGAAGUUUGAUUGAAAGACCAGAUAGAGACUCCAUAGAGAGAGAGAGAGAGAGAGAGAGACUGAGAAAGAGAGAUCUUAUGGCGACGAACUCGACGAAGAAUGCGAUCCUCCCAGUAUCGGACGCUCCCAGGGGCGAGGAGAAGCUGUUCAAAGGAUCCGCCAUGACCAAGAGAGGAGCCUACGCUGCUAUCUCUUACAUGUCUUGUGCAGUGCUUCUGGUACUGUUCAACAAAGCAGCUCUUUCUUCUUAUAGCUUUCCAAGUGCAAAUGUUAUCACGCUUUGUCAGAUGAUAUGUUCAUGUGUUUUCCUUUACACAAUGAAACGGUGGAAGCUUAUUUCUUUUUCAGUUGGUGAAUCCUUGACCCAUUCUGAUAACUCCAGACUGCUUGUACCAUUGACAACGUUGGGACACACUCUUCCUCUUGCAUUAGCCUACUUGCUUUACAUGCUAGCUACCAUGGAGUCUGUCCGUGGAGUUAAUGUUCCCAUGUACACAACCCUUAGGAGAACUACAGUGGUGUUCACAAUGAUUAUGGAAUACAUUCUUGUGGGCCAGAAGUAUUCAUCUUCAGUUGUUAGCAGUGUAGGAUUGAUUGUUAUUGGUGCAUUUACCGCGGGAUCUCGAGACUUGUCAUUUGACUCCUAUGGCUAUGCCAUUGUUUUCCUAUCCAACAUCACUACAGCAAUAUAUCUUGCAACUAUAGCCCGUAUUGGGAAAUCUAGUGGACUCAAUAGCUUUGGUCUUAUGUGGUGCAAUGGAAUUAUGUGUGGACCGUUUUUGCUGUUUUGGACGUUUAUUUGGGGUGACUUAAAGGCAACAAUGAAUUUUCCUUAUUUGCUCUCACCUGGGUUUCUGGUUGUGCUUCUUUUCUCGUGUAUACUGGCUUUCUUCCUGAAUUACAGUAUAUUCUUGAACACAACUCUCAAUUCAGCUCUCACACAAACAAUUUGUGGUAAUCUGAAGGAUCUUUUUACCAUUGGACUUGGCUGGAUGCUUUUUGGUGGGCUUCCAUUUGAUAUAUUGAAUGUCACCGGGCAAUUUCUUGGUUUUCUUGGCUCCGGUUUGUAUGCCUAUUAUAAGCUUAUUGGCAAGUAAUCGCUGAAGCUGCUGGUUUUGUUUCUUUCAAAUUGGACCUAAGCAGUUGCUGACAUUGUAUGCCCUCCAACUCUGAUUUGAUGAUCAUGGGCUAUUGAAGAGAAAAUGAAUGCAAGACAUUGAGCAAGGAGAUUUCUACUUUGUAAGAAGUAGCCAAUUCAAUUUUUGGGGGAAUCAAGGCCUGCUUCUUAUAUUGUUUUGUUGUACGAGUAUGGAUGGUUUGAGAAGCCUGAAAGGCAUUUAAGUGUGUUGCAGCGCUCACCUCCUUAAAAGUUAGGUUAAUUUAGCUGAUUCCAUUGUAAAUGGUCAUAUGUUCCUGAUUCUCGACUCCCCACAGCAUCAAAUGGUUAGGAAAUCCCACAUUUUCUUUGGCAUCUGUAUUGAUUGCUCUAUAGUUUUCACAGGAGAUCUUGUUAAACACCGAACUCUGUUGUUGACCAUUGUUCAUUUCUCAGAAGGUAAUGAUUGGGUUGUUAAACACCGAA